AUGGUUACCAUAAUAAAGAACCAGCUGCUAAAACACUUAUCAAGAUACACAAAGAAUUUGUCUCCAGAACAAAUUUCAUUGUCGGCUCUACGGGGUUCCGGAGAACUGCAAGACUUAACCUUAGACGAGGAUCUUUUGACCGAUCUUCUGGAACUUCCUGCAUGGGUGAGGUUGACAUCAGCAAAAUGCAACAGAGUGUCAUUCAGAAUUCAGUGGACCAAACUGAAAACUGUCCCCAUCAUUCUGAACCUAGACGAGGUGCAUAUAGCGCUGGAGGUGUGCACGGAGCCCAGGGUGAUGAACCCUGGCGCCGGAGGUGCCAUGCCCGUUCCUGGCAAGUACAGCUACAUUCACAAGGUGAUAGACGGUAUUUCCGUGGCAGUGAACCAGGUGCAAAUUGACUUCAACUGUGACGCCUUCACUAGCAGCGUUCAGAUCUCUCGUGUGACAGUGGAGUCGCGAACACCCGAGGGCCGGAAGGGUGAUCUAAGACUGACAAGGAUCAAGUCUCCCGAUACCGGGCAACUUUUGAUAUUUAAGGAGUUGGAGUGGCAGAGCGCGAGGGUUGAAGCGAAAGCGCACGGGGCUGCGGCGGCCAACCUGCCACCGUUGCGUCUCCUACUGGGCAACACGCAUUGCAGGAUCGUGAUCAAGAAACGGCUAUCUGACUGCGCGGUGACGGGCUCGCGGCUGGUGCUGCGGCCCGAGCCGCUCGCGUGGGCGCUCACUGACGGCCAGCUGCGGGCCGCGCUCGCGUGCGCGGCAGCCCUGUCGGGGCCGGUGCGGCGCGCCACGCGGGCCGCCACGCGCGCCGCCGCCGCCAGGAAGUAUUUUAUAAGUCGUCUCUUCAACGCGCUGAACUGUUACAGAUCGAGGAGCCCCGCGAGCAGCCGCCCAGCCGGCCCACUUCUGGGGACCGGGACUUGUUGGCGCGCAUGUUUCGCCAAGCACGACGUGCGGGAGACCUCGUACCAUCUGCUCGCGCCGCGGAUAGACCUCCACCUGUGCGAUGACCCGGGACUCGGCAGGUCUGAGAUGCCCUCGCUGGCGAAGGGCGGCGCCCUCCAGGUGACCCUCGUGAGCAUGCAAGCGGACCUGUUCCCCUACCACAAGGCUUCCGACGACCGCCGACACUGGCGGGGCUACAGGGAAGCGGCAACACCGCACAGCCAGUGGCUAUCACAAGCUUUAUCGUCCUUCUGCACCUCACUGCUGGACGCGUUAGACCCUAGAACCCUAACACCCAGUAAUAAGCAAGGGCACACCGAGAGGAGCGAGGCGCCAGUCUCUAACGGGCUGAACCACAAGGGUGCUCCAGCGCAGCCCACCUCCAACCCAACUCCGUCCACAAACACUUCCCAAGCAUCGCCCACCCGUACGCGUAUACUGCAGCAGCUCAGCAAACUGAUGACCACCUGCCUCGUUCUCAGGAUCGACGACUUCACGGUGAAUAAGGUCUCGACGGGAUCCAAAUCCCGGGAGAGUCCGCGGCCCCUGGUGAGUGCGGAGAAGGCGACGCUUCCUGGCGACGCGGGCCUACUGCACGCGGAGCUGACCUUCUUCUACUACCCCGGAGAUGUAUGCUUCCCCGUUCCGCCCCCGAAGCUGUACGUUCAGCUGAGCCCCGUGCGGGUGUCGGUGGACGUGGCAAGCGUCGUGUGGCUGUCGGCAUUCCUGCCACACGUGGCAAGGGCACUCGCCACAGCUGCCACGGCCGUCACGGCGGCCGCAGACUCGGAUGACCAGACUGCUUACAUCGACGUCCGCGCCGAGGCGAUAAUGCCUAAGAUAGUGCUGGAGGCCGGGCCGGAGCACGUGUCCCAGCAGCGGGACCGGCCCAAGGAGCUGCACUUGUGCACCGCCAGGGCCACGCUCACCAACGUCCGCGAAUCGCCCAGGGCCAACACGGCGGGGACCCGCGCCGACCUGGCGUCCAUAAUAGCGGCGCUGAGGAGGUCCGCGCCCCGAGCGGGGGAAUUCCCCACCGCGCUCGACGACUGCGACCCGAUACACGAGCAGUUCGUGCUGCACGCGGACAGCCUGGACGACAUAGAGCGGGGCUCGGCGCUGGCGCCCGAGCUGCUGUGGCGCGAGAGCCGCGCGGUGUGGUGCGCGCGCGUCGAGCCGCUGUGGGCGGACUUCUGCGGCGCGCGCGCCACCAACUACAAGCCGGCGCCGCUGCUCGACGCCACGCCGCUCACCGCCUGGUUGUACUUCGACGAGGGCUUCUCCAAAAUAUGGGUGAUAGCCCGCACCUGUGGCUUGGCCGGCCUGCAACUGAACCACUACCAGCUCCUGUUCCUGCUGCGGCAGCUGGAGAGGAUCUCGGAGAUGAUGGCCUGGCUCUCGCACGACGCCGCGAGGCAACCAGACGGAGACGACGGAUUAAUUGUGGUGGGAUUGGUGGUGCCGUCGGUUGAAUUGAACUUAGUGCUGCCGUCCAGCUGCCCGGGGCAGGAGUCCUCCAGGGACCUCGACAGCGUCCCUCUGGACUCAUCCAGUCUGCAAGACCUCAAAAUGGGUUCCGAGGCGACGAUGGCGCCGUCGAUGCAGGACCGGGACAGCGGCGUGGUGGCGCCCCCAAACCCCAUCGAGAUCUGCAACGCGCAGCCCCUGCCCGCCGAGGAGGUGCCCCCGAGUCCAGGGAUCGGCUUCGGAGGCUUCUCGUCGAUGCGGCGCGGUCUGACGUCACUGGUGACGUCAUUCGACGCGCUCGGGCGGGACGACUCGAGGAGCGAUGCGGCGUCCACCGCCAGCUCGGACAGCGAGCGCUACGUGCUGGUGGGGCUGGCCGCCGAGUCGCCCGACGACGCGGACCUCGCCUUCAGGGAGUUCGAGCACGGGCGCGUCUCCAGCGGCGUGGAGGUUGCAGCGGAGGUGGUGGAGCGCUCCUCCUCACCCAGCGACCACUCGGCCACCAGCUCCUGUCGCCGGCGAGACCUGAUCUCGACCUGCACCUGGCGCCUCAACAACAUCCACCUGGUGCAGCAGAGCGUCGGUGGAUCCUCGUCCCUCCGCCUGGUGGCCGACGACCUCACCACAGACGAGUGCACCUCCAUACCCUGGGACGAGUUCCAGAGCAAGUUCUCGAUGCGCGCGCGCGCUUGGACCGAGCCGUUCGUCGAGGAUGCCGAUCUGAAGGUUAGGGAGACGCCGCACGUCGCCUUCAGGAUGACCAGGAUUGAACUGCCGAGGGUUGGUGCCGAAGAGGGUACACCUGCCGUAUUGGCGUCGUACGAUGAACUGCUGGAGGCGCGAGUGCGCGAUCUGAGCAUUGCUCUCAACAUGAGCACAGCCCUGGCGCUGGCCGAGUUCAUAGAAGACGAGAUCAUUGCACCACCAAUGCCGCUAGAGGUGCUGAUCGAGAACGUUAAGCUGCACCUGAUCGAGGACCGGCCGACGCGCUCCAUCUCGUCGCCGCCCCCGCAGCCGCUGGACCUGGCCCUAAGCGGGCUGCGGCUGACGAGGGACCGCACCGGCGUGCUGCGGCUCGGCGCGCCGGCGCCCCGCGCCUCUGCCACGCCCACCGCCCCCGCGACGCCCCCCUCGGAGGCCACGCCCCGCCCCGCGGCCACGCCCACCCGCCCCGCCCCCGAGCCCGAGCCCGACCGCCUGGAGCUGCUGAGCCGCGAGAACGAGGAGCUGCGCCGCCGCCUCGCGACGCUCUCCCGCCUCGCGGACGACAACAGGGAGCUGAGGGCGAAAGUGGAGGAGGCGUCUGUGCUAAAGCAGUGCGUCCACGCGGCUCAGCAGGAGGCUGCCAGCUUGUUGGCCGACAAGCAGGAGCUGUUGGAAGCCGUGCGCGUGUUGCAGGAGCAGCUGAGCGGCUACCGGGGAAAGAGA